CUUCACCUUCUCCAGAUCGCCUUGUCCAUCCCGCGAGAUCCAUCAUCGCUGUUACUAGCUCCAAUCUCCAUCAACAUCAUCAUCAGUCCUCGCUGGCACAAGGUCCGAGUUCUUCCCCAUUAUUUCUCUUUUGUUUUGUGUGAGAUGAACAAGUGCAUGUUCAAUUUUUUAAGAUAUGGGUUCGUCUUCACAAAGCACUUAUGAGUCAUAGCUCCCAUCCACUCCUAGUCACAGCUCCACGCUCCCCUGUGUCUACCGGCCUCCCAAAUUUCCUUACUCUCAGCCUCCAGUUGUAGACAAACGAGUGUACUUAAUCAAUUUUUUUCUUUCUCUUGCUCUAAUAGGUCAUCAUACAAGAACAGUCCUGAAGGUAAUUUAAUAGUUUUGGGAAACUAUAUGAUCCGAUGCACCUGUAUCAAGGAUCCAUAAGUCUAGAUUGGUGACUUUAGCUUGUUGAAAGGAAGACAAUAUGUAUUUACCUGAAUGGUUUGGGAAGGGGCUUAGAAAUUGAGAAACAUAAUAAGCUUGGUGGUUGAUGGAUGGGGAAUUUGGUGGUGAAGGUGAUGAGCUAGAACCAACUUGUAAUAAAUACCUGAGUUUGUUCAUUUCCUCCGCUGUAAAUUCAAGUGGUACUUGAGUCCCACCUCCUUCUCCUGUAGAACCUCCUUCUGACUGAGUAUUAGAUGCACCAAAUCGAUUAACAGAACCAGCAAAUCUUGGUGUCCUGGAAUUGGAGUUGGAUCCUGAACUUGUACCGUCCUUCUGCUCUCCUUGCUUCUUUUUCAAUUUCCAACAGUCCUCAAUGUUAUGGUUCCUCAUUUUACAGAACCUACAAAACUUUCUUCCCUGUCUUCCUUCAGUAGUGUUUCUACCUUGUUCUCCUUCAACAACAAGUGCCAUUGUUUGUGACCUCUUUCCUCCAGAAACAUUGUCACCUUUUAGCUUUUGCUCAUGUUGCAGCAGAUCAUCAACUGCUGUGGAUACAGUAGGUAAGGGGUUUUGCAUGAGCAGUUGUGUUUUGACAAUAUCAUAAGCUGGGUUCAAUCCCUUCAAGAACUUGAUCAAGUAAUCUGUCUCUUGCUUCUGAAUAAAAGCAACCACUACAGCACAUGGCAUAGGGUUUCCAGGUGCACAGGCACAUGACACAAUUGGUUUAUACUCAACAUAUUCAUCCCAUAACCCUUUUACCUUCGUGUAGUACUGACUAAUGGUUUGAGAUCCCUGGUUACAGUCACCUAUCUCAUCUUCCAUAUUCAAAAUGCUCAGAGCGUUAGGUAACCCAUACCUUCUCUUCAGCUCAUUCCAUAGUGCUUUAGCAUUUCAAUGCUUAAGAUUAGAUCUCCUGAUAUCUUUGGCAACAUAGUUUUGAAUCCAACAGAGUACAAUAGUAUUGAUAGCAUCCCAAAGACUAAAUCAAUUUGAAUCUCUAGGUGGCAUAGGUAUAGUUUCAUCUAUAAAACCCAUCUUAUGCUUGGUUUUCAAAACCAAUUGCAUAGAUCUACUCCACAUCGAGUAGUUUGACCCAUCAAACAAUUCAGAUACCAGUGAUACAGACAUAUUUUCAUUCGGGUUGAGACAGAACGGAUUACCGAAUGCAAUAGUCUCAUUUUUCAGAUUCUCCUGGUUGAAUGACCCGAAUUGAACUCCCACUAGUGUCCCACUUGCUCCAAAGGUCUGUGUCGACCUUUGUCUUGCUGGUGUGCUUUGCCCAGACAUGGCGGCGGCGUGGACACGAAAGGAAGAGCCCUAGAGCAAGGCACACUCUGAUACCAUGUGGAUUUGCAAGUAAUUGGGAAGAGGAAGCUCAAGUUUUUCCAGCUGAGUCCUCUGUUUCUUUUAGAGCGGAAAAUGAAAUUAGCAACUGUCUUACAGGUGUCCAUAUGUAACCGGCCGAUUAGCUAAUAAAAUUGUGUUUGCUAACGGCUAACUAUAAUAAUGUAAACGACAGCGUAUGAAAUAAAGGCGGUAGAGAUAUAAUGUAAAACAUCAUUGUUUCCAUUCUUUCUUCUUCUUCUUCUCCACAUAAUCCGCAUCAGCUUCGGAUUCUUCUUCUGCAGAACACUGCUGCUCCAUUGCUUGAAUACCUUAAACACUGACUGACUCAAGCUUAGGCAAGUCGGUUGCAAUUGGACAAAAAGGUAUAUUUGCACGUCAUACUGAUCUUUAAGCCCAAUUUCAAUUUUCAUCCAAUUUUGUUUUUUUGACGGUAGUAGUGCAGAAACGACAAACCAGUGGGCUUUAUCUUAAAAAAAAAAGGGAAGAAGACAGCCCAGCCCGGUGGGCUCGGCCCAAAAGAAAAAGGAUAAGACGAGUUGGAUUCAUCCCUCCACAUCCAAGACGGCGGCAGGUCUCAGAAAUCUUGGCAAGCAACCCGUCGCCGGCGCAGCAAUCUCCCUACUUCCCGAUGUAGGCAGCUGGAUGAACGAUCGAACUUUGAUUUGGUAAAUAGCUCCUACUCUUCAUCUAUCUCUUAGGAUAUUCCUAUUUCAGGUUGGUUCCAGAUGACGACUGUGCAACGCCUUUGAAUUCCAAACAAAUCUUGUGUGUGUCCGUCCGUUGGCCUUGGAUAGAAAAUGAGUCUGUAUAACAAAUGAUUUUGUGGGUUUCCUUUCCUCGGUAGGGCUUGAGUUGGCAAUGAAAUGAUCAUAAAAGGGAUAUUCGGAAGGUACCAGAAGUGGAACCCUGUGCAUCCAACUGUGGGAGCCUUUUGGGGGAUGGGAUUGGGAAUCGGCUGUGGCGUCGGCUGGGGACCUGGAUUCGGCCCUGAGGUGAUUGGUUACGUUGGCGCUGGCUGCGGGGUUGGGUUCAGUGUAGGCUUCACUUUCGCAGGGGUAGGGGUCGGCCUCCCUGCUAACCACCUCAUUCAAGCUCCUUACAAUGCUGUUGUGGCAACGAGACACAAUGUGUUAGCUGUGGCGCCUUUUGUUGCUGGAUUGCAUAGAGAGGCUAGUGGGAGACUGGAUAGCUUUGGUAAGAAAUUGCAGGCGGACAAAGGGUUGUUGUUAGGCAGCUUGGACUUAAACUCGAUGAGGGAUCAAUGGUCGAUCCAUAGUAGAUCGUUUUCAAGAGCGCUACAAACUUGUACCAGUCGCUUGCUUCCCCCUCCCAAAGGUUCAGACGAUUAGGUUAAACGUGCUUCUUUCCAUGUCUCAACCUCGUCGUGGUUCUUGUGAAGAGAAGAAGGAAAACCUGGUUAACUUUGUGCUCUGAAAAAGAUGAUAUUAUAGCCAAUUGUUGUUGUAUUGUGUUCUAUUCUACUAUAUUGUUGUAAAGUGGUAGAUCUCAUCCUUUUGUUGAAUUUUUGUUAGUUAGCUACAUUUGCAAUAACAAUUCCACUGCUUG